GAUUACAAACCCAGCUUUCUCACAGAUCCAUUCUCUCUCUUUCUUUCUUUCUUUCCCUCUCUUUUUCUUUUCCCUCACUCUCUUCAUUUACACUCUCAAAUUUUUCUGAAAUUCAAAUUCAAAUUUCGUUUGUUUGUGUCUUGUUACUUCCAUGGCUGACAACUUGGACGACGGCGAGUUUUGGCUCCCUCCUCAGUUCCUCACCGACGAAGACGACGACGACACAUCGUUUUGCAACAACCUCACUGCCCAAAACUACGCCGUUUCGAGGUCUCUGUUCUUCAGCUCUUCCUCCAGCGAGACGGAGAGCGACGAGGAGGACCACCUCGCCGAGUUGACUCGCCGCGUCGCUCUCGAACUCGAUCUCAACAACAAGGGCGUGUUUGGGGAUGGUGGUGGUUCUCCUCAGUCAACCCUGAGCGUGUUUGAGAACAGCGGCAAAGGGUCGAGUCCAAACGACGCCGUUCCACCCCACGUGAACUCCUCGUCCACGUGGGAUCUCCUGCGCGCCGCCGCAGGAGAAGUCGAGAGGAUUUGCGACGAAAGCUGUAACCGUUACGGUCAAAACUUUCUGACACCCUCUUCCGUUGAUGCUUCUGUUCAACAACCCAAUGCCGUUAAUUGCGCUAACGGCGUUGGGUUGGGAUUUUACCCUCAACAGAAGCAGCACCAACAACAACCAUCGCUUUGUCACCAGCAGUUACAGAUUGCUCAAUUUGAGAUGAUGAAGAAGCAGCAACAACAGAGGCAAAUGGUCCCUCCCAACAGAGGAAUAAACAAUAACAACAACAACAACAACGUUGUUACGGUUGGGAACGUUGUUAAUGGGUUGGGUUUGUCUGGUUCUGCAUGGGUUCCUCCUCCUGGGUCUCGCAUGAGGGCUGUUUUUCUCGCUGGGAAAAUAGAAAAAAGCACCGGAACUGGCGUGUUCUUGCCUCGCUGUGUUGAUACUCGCAAUAAUAAUGAUUCUCGCAAGAAACCAGGGUGCAUUACUGUGUUGGUUCCUGAUAGAGUGGCGCAGGUGUUGAAUCUGAAUCUGGACGGUGUGGUGGGUGGUGGCCACAAGCAGCAGCACAAGCCUCGUUUCAUUGGGGAAAAUGGAUCGGCUGUUUCAAGGGUUAGGAGUAACAAUUACAAUAAUAAUAAUCAUUAUGGUUAUUCUCAUCAUCAGAAGCGUAACAACAUGAAGCUGCAGCAGCCACAAGUGGUGAACCAUGAGAUCCAGUUGCCUCAGGAAUGGACUUACUGAAAUGAAUGAAUCAUGAAGGAUCAAAAAGUAGUCAUUACUACUAGUUAGUCUUUUUUUUUUGUUUUUUGGUUUGGGGAAAUGGGUGAUAGUUUUUUAAUUUUUUUUUUUUUUGGGUUGGGGAAAUGGGUAAUAGUUUUCAGUUUUUUAUAUAGUUAUAGGGGAAUGGCAAUGUGAGAGGGGUAGAAGGAAUUAAGAAAUUAAGAAAUAGGAAUUUUGGUUUGGUUUGAAAAGAAAAAAAAAAAAAAGGAAGUCUAGGGUUUUUUGUUUGGGCUUAUUGGUAGAAAAUAAGAAAAUAACAUUUGGGGGUCUAUAAAGUUAAUGAUGGCGGCAUGGGAGCAUCUUUUUUGCCCAACUUUUUCUAUGAUUUUGGAUAAAAAAAAUACUAAAAAAUUAAAAAAGUUGAGUAUCCUCAGGAUUUGGUGAGGUCCUUUUUUUUUUCCUAUAAUUGAAUCAGAAGUUACCAAUGUACUCUGAUGUUACCCUAUGUACACCCCAAUUACUAUGAACUAAUAAUGGAAUGAAAAUGGAAAAUUUGCAUUUAA